AGUCUUCUUACCGGCUUUGCGCUGUUCUAAGAUGCAUCUGGUUUGGAUAUCGGGGAUUGAGUCCUGAGCGAAUAGCGAGGUGGCGUGUCCCAAUGCUCUGGUUCGGGAUCCGCAGUGUGCCGUAAAACAAGGUCUUUGUGCAGAUUCCAGGUCUGGGAAUCCGCUACGCGAAUGUCACACCUUAGCCCAGCUCCUCCACCACACGAGCCGAGGGCCGCAAACACGGGACGGAGUCGCGCACGAUCGCGCCAACCAAAUGGCAGACCUAGUAAGCGUCUGAUAUUGUGUGAAGAUGGCACCUGGCUAAACUCCGAUAGCUCUUCUACCGAAGCAUCUGUCGCCACACCCAGUAACAUAACACGGCUCGCCCGAGCCAUAAAGCCUUUGAGCAGCGAUGGCAUCCCUCAGAUCGUCUAUUAUCACUUCGGUGUUGGCGCAGGGGGCGGUGUGGUCGACAAACUCGCAGGCGCCACCGGUGGAGGUCUUGCCGAAAUCGUCCGCGAAGGCUACAACUACAUCGCAACGAACUGGAUCCCCGGCGAUGAGAUCUACAUCUUCGGCUUCUCCAGAGGCGCAUACACCGCGCGAGCAAUUGCAGGCUUGAUUGGUGAGGUGGGUGUCCUGACGAACAAAGGCUUGCCGUACCUUGCGGAGAUCUUUCGGGACGUGCAGCACAAGCACGAUAAACGUUAUGUACCGAAGAACCCUGACAUACCUUUCCCGGAUAAGCCGAGUGCCCUGGAUCCGGCGUACAAUCAGGAGUUGCAGCGGAGGCGCUUGACCAGGCUUUAUGUUCCUAUCAAAGUUAUAGGCGUCUUCGACACUGUCGGAAGCCUUGGCUUUCCAAAGAUUGGGUGGUUGCAGCGCGCCGGUUUGCAAUCGAAUGCUAUGAGAGAGUUAUCCUUCUAUGACACGAGCCUCAGCAACUGUAUAGAGUAUGCUUUUCAGGCCUUGGCGUUGGACGAGCGGCGGUACGCCUUUCAGCCGACACUGUGGGAGAAGUUCGAAGACAACGAGACCGUCCUACGACAAGUCUGGUUCGCGGGGGCGCACGGUAACAUCGGCGGAGCAUAUGAGGAUCAGCAAAUGGCGACAACAACCCUAGCCUGGAUGAUGGCGCAGUGUCAACAAUUCCUGGAUUUUGAUGUCGACUACCUCAUGGACCAAUGGGAAGCCGCAGAGGACUAUUACGAAAGACAUGACCAAAAAGUAAGACCCUGGGCUUUCGGGAAGACCUUUACCGGGGUUGGUGGCAUCUAUGCUCUUGGUGGAUCAAAAGUCCGGACGCCUGGGCGGUAUUGCGCGGUAGAUCCUUACAACGGCCGGCAGACGCGCGACCCGUUGAUUGAUACAUGUGAGUACAUACAUCCGUCUGUCAGAGCGCGCAUCAAGCUUGGUGGGCCAGGGUUGGAGGACCGUGGCCGGUACGAGUGCGAAGCCCUACGUGAUUGGAAACUGAUGAUCGAGGCUCGUGACGACGGCGGAAAGUUACCGGACGUCUUCUGGAGGUCAAGAGCUCGGCCUGAAGAAGGGUUCGCGAAGAUUCUGCCUGAAGCGCCAUUGGCUCAGCUGGAGACUGAGUUGCUCCAAUACGACCCAGAGACAAGAGACUACGUACUCAGACCUGCCGGAGUGCGUCAACGGAGGAGCACGCGAGAUCGAAGCCGGAGGCGUCCGGCUGACUGAGGCGUACAUACCUGAAGUGACGGAGACACCGCGGACUUAUGAGCGUCAUGGAAGACUCCGUCGAAGCGCAUAGGUAUUUGUGAGCGCACAUGCCUUAAGUCGACGCCGGCCGGAGUGUUGAUGAGCAAGCGCUUCGUUGUCAUUAGAUCGGGGACGCUAUGAUUAAGCUGCGCUCACUUAGGCUUGGGCUUUCGAAUCAUGACCGAGCCAUUGUCUUGCAACUGCCAGCCGACGCCGCCCUUCACAAGGUCGUGCC